AUGAGACUCAAUCAAUCGGGCAAGAAGAAGAAAUCGUCCAGCAAAGGAUGGCUCAAGGCAUCUGGUGGCGUCAGCGAGAAAUCGACCGUCACACCCAAAUUCCUGGGACCUGAUGUUCUCAUUGGAAGGGUCUCAUCUUCCAUGUUGGAGCUGUCGUACGCUCCCAAGAUGAAAGAUAUGGCCACUCAAAGUCUCCAGGCAUAUGCGGAAGAAAUGAUGAUUUACGACGACAAGGUAGCCGAGUUUCGAAAAGAAGCAAUGGCACAAGGGCAGGAGGAUAAUCCUGCCACACAACAAGGAGACGAAGAAGUUGAUAGUACUGAGACAACAGAGGAGGAAGAGGUGGAAAUUGAAGCAGAUGGCUCCAUAAACGAGGUCCACACAACAAUCGAUCUGGAACCCCCGUUUCCGCCACCGCCCAAGCCACUGUUUCAUUCGCAGUACAUGGUGGAUGAGUUUCUGGCCACCAUCGGUGACGUACAGGACCAUUUUUCGGACAGUGGAGGUUGGAAGAUCCACGCAAACGCUGCCAAGUUUGAGAGGGCCCUAGACGAAAAGUAUGGGGUCUUUCGACCAUUCAUCACCAAUCAUCCCGAAAUUGAAGUUUUCAUUCGAUCCGUGCAACGCAAAUACGCCAUGGGAUACUUUAGCCCCUUGCGCCAGGGCAGUGCUCCCAUCCCAAAGUCGACCUCGGUCAUUCUGCUCUUCAUGAUGCAACGACAGGGUGUACGUUGGGAUGCAAUCAUUUUGGCGUCGUUGUUCUUGCUCGUCGGAUUACAACCAUGGGCUCUUGUUGUCGUCAUUGCAAUCUUUCAGCAGCUCAUGCAUCGAAGAGCCAUGAAACCCAUUGGAGGAAUGAGCUCCUACGUAGAGCCAGUCGAACCUUAUUGGAGAGUCUACAACAAGAAGAAGACAGAUCCAAACAGCAAUGACAAAACUACCGAAACAACAGAAUCAUUGGAUUCUCCGGAGAGAAGAAAGGAAAUCCUAUUGGAACCAGUGGGCAAACCAAUGCCACAAGGUGAAAAGAUUGACGCAAAACUAUAUGACACAAUCAUCAUUGGCACUGGCCCAGGGACACUCUACGCGGGAGCCUUGCUGGCAAGAGCCGGCAGAAAGAUACUUGUUCUUUCCCCAGGAGCCGAUGCCAGUGGAUGCAUCACACUGGAGGGCGGGUCCAAACAAUACAGCAAACUGCCGUUUGACGUCGAGUCCUCUAGUAUCAGUCGAAUUACUCGACAACAAGAACUCCUGGCGCCUGCCUUGUGCACAACCACAGACUUUCAGGGUGGCGUUCGAUUUGCACAAAUCGGUUCCGAAGCGGACGGAUACGCAUAUGAGAUCCUAGCCAUACCUGGAAUGGGAGCCGACGAUGUCGAAGGGCAAAUUCCAUUUGUCUUGCGAGCGGGUGGUGGUACCAGAGGAUUCAUGGAUGACACUGCAACCCUGCUCGGCGAUGGAUGGCCAGCAUCAGACGGGCCGGGAUCGAACUUGAGUGGAGUCUAUCUGGCUGCCUGCGCUUCUCUGAAUGCCGAGGCUGGGGCCUUUUAUCUAUCCAAAAUACUACCCGACGGUGCCAAGAGCUUUCAGAAGCAAUCCAACUACCAGGAAGCUUCUUGUCGCUAUGCCUCCACAAUGCUGAACAGAUGCUUCCCACUGAAUCCACACUUGCGGUCACUCAUGGCAGGAAUUGGAAUGAAAACAGAAAACCUAAAACCAAGCAACACUAGUUUGGGGGCACAUGUCUCGACUAUCUGCGGGGCUACGAGUGGAGAAGGCAUGCACUAUCCAGUGGGAGGACCAAGGUCGCUGUGCCAUGCCCUGGCGAGUGUGAUCGAACAGAAUGGCGGACGAGUAGUGACUCAAGCUCACGUCAAAGAGUUGCUAUUCAAGGACUCGGCAAAACUCAGCGAAAGCAACAACAACACCGGCAGUGAAUCCAAGGAAGAACCGGUCCCACCACGCUGUAUAGGCGUCAAACUGUCAAACAAUGACACGGAAAUUGUCUUGGAACAGCAGCAAAAUGGAGACAGACAGCCUAGUGCUGUUAUCAACUUGAGGGGAUUCAUUGAUACCUUUGUGAGGUUAUUACCAGAGGAAAUACGAACGGCACACAAAGUGCCCAUGGGACUUCCAGCACUUUCGGAACGACGUCCUGUUUUCAAGGUUCUCUUUAUACUCAAGGGAUCCGCGGAUGAAUUGAGUGUCACUGGUGCCGAUUAUUACCGUCUGCCGAGCGCCGCAUUAGCUCGCGACACAAUCGAAGCUGACACAGGAGCCGUGGUACUUGGAGAAAUCGGUUCAGUCUAUGCAGCCGGCAAGGACUCGAACGAAGGCGCCGACGAGGCAGCGGCGGACGUAACCGCAGAUGGAACAAACGAGGAGAAAACGGCAGAAGAUGCCGCUCAAGGCGGUGCAGCAAGGGGGAAACGCACAAAAGCAACUGCACCCAAGAAACACACGGGGAAAGUCAAGUACGACGCCGGAGCGUCCUGGAUGCAGAUAUCGUUCCCCUCCGCAAAGGAUCCCUCAUGGGAAGAACGGCACGGAAAGGUUACGACCUGUGUGGUGACAGUCGAAGCCGAUGACGAUUUUGUUGUGCACUAUGAUACAAAACCCAAGCUGUUUUCAAUCGUGGUGAACAAGGUGAAGGAUGUGGGCAACAGGACAAGAUUGAUGGACAAGGUUAGAAAAGAUCUUCUCGAUGUGUACCCCCAACUCGAAGGGAAAAUCGAGGAGGAGUCUCUCAGUGGUCCUUUCACGAAGGGACUCAGCCACACCCCUGAACGUUAUGCUGCCAAAGGAGUCCGCGCUGACACACCGUACCCUGGGUUAUUUGUUGGCGGGCCGGACUUGACAGUUGGUGAUUCCUUCUCAGGGUCAAUUGUUGGAAGCUGGCUGUUGGCCAACGCAGUCAUUGGUUAUGGAACUCUUGAUCUUCUCUUCCUUUCGAAAAACGUAACAUCUGACCUAGGGAAAUUCAUGCAUCAACCGGUGUUCUCAGACGAUGAAGAAUUGGAUGUUGCUGUACCAUUCGAGCAGCGGCAGGCUCAAGAGGAAGAGCCAGAAGGGAUUGACAAUAGAAAUGAGCAGUCGGCGUCCUGA